GCCGAGCGAAAGCCGAAAUUAGCCGAGCUCCCGAAUGAACGAGCCAGCAUAAAGUCUGUGAAGUCCAAAGAAACUAAAAAUUUGUCGUUCACUUUAUUGAUGUAAAUUUUAAUAAAAAUCUAACAAAAUGAUCUUGUAAGACCUUAGUACAGUUUUAUUAUUAUCUUAACACUAUAGUAGUGAUACAGAUCAGACAAGUGAAUCGCUAACUUUGUAUUCCGUCGGCAAAGUGAGAGAGUUCAGUGCGAGUGCAAGCAAGGGUGGUAACGAGAAAUGUGAAGUAGUAUCUAUGAAGUUCAGGAUUCGGCCGUUUAUUUUAUACCUAUAAUAAUGAGCGGACGCCCUAGGACCACGUCAUUCGCCGAGGGCAGCAAAUCCGUUCGAAAGACAUUCGAUAAUCAACCACCGAAACCAACUCUAGGAGGCGUAAAAAUUAGCAGCGACGUGGAUACACCUAAAAAGACCGAGCUGGCUUCGGAAAAGAAACCUGCCGCCUCGCAUCGCAAGGACGGCUCGAAGGUGACGACCGUGGUAGCGACGCCGGGGCAAGGCCCCGACAGGCCGCAGGAGGUGAGCUAUGCCGACAUGAAGCUCAUCGGAAACGGCAGCUUCGGCGUCGUCUACCAGGCCAAGCUAUGCGAUACCGGCGAACUCAUUGCCAUUAAAAAGGUGCUCCAGGACAAAAGGUUUAAGAAUCGGGAACUGCAAAUUAUGCGACGGCUGGAGCAUUGUAAUAUUGUCAAAUUGAAAUACUUCUUUUAUUCAAGUGGAGAAAAGAUGGCAGUGCCCGACGCCGUUAGCUCUCUGCUAAAUGCAAUGCAGUCUCUAGAAGUCGCAAAAGACGAAGUGUACCUGAAUUUGGUGCUGGAGUACAUACCAGAGACUGUGUAUAAAGUCGCACGUCACUACUCCAAAGAUGAACAAACCAUACCAAUUAGUUUUAUAAAGCUGUACAUGUACCAGUUGUUCAGAAGCCUGGCAUACAUCCACUCGCUGGGCAUCUGCCACCGGGAUAUCAAGCCGCAGAACCUGCUUCUCGACCCCAAGACGGGCGUGCUGAAGCUGUGCGACUUCGGCUCGGCCAAGCACCUGGUGCGCGGCGAGCCCAACGUGUCCUACAUCUGCUCGCGGUACUACCGCGCGCCCGAACUCAUCUUCGGAGCUAUAGACUAUACUACUAAAAUCGAUGUAUGGAGUGCGGGGUGCGUGGUAGCGGAACUCCUGCUAGGUCAGCCCAUCUUCCCUGGGGACUCAGGCGUCGAUCAGCUCGUCGAAAUCAUCAAGGUACUAGGCACACCAACACGGGAACAAAUACGCGAGAUGAAUCCCAACUACACAGAAUUCAAGUUUCCACAAAUCAAAAGUCAUCCCUGGGCAAAGGUGUUCCGCGCGUGCACGCCGCCGGACGCCAUCUCGCUGGUGUCGAGGCUGCUGGAGUACACGCCGGGCACGCGCCUGUCGCCGCUGCAGGCGUGCGCGCACAGCUUCUUCGACGAGUUGCGCGAGCCCAACGCGCAGCUGCCCAACGGCCGCCCGCUGCCGCCGCUGUUCAACUUCACCGACUACGAGCUGGGCAUCCAGCCCUCGCUCAACGACUUCCUCAAGCCGCGCGCCGCGCCGCCUCCCGACGCCGCGCCCGCCGCCAUGCCCGCCCCCGCGCAGGACCACGACGCGCAAGGAGAGAACGCGGCGAGCGGGCCCAGCGGCGGCUCCCCGGGCGCGUCGUAGGCUGGCGUGCGCCGCCGCGCCCCCGCGGCCGCCGACAGCCGACGCGAGGCGCAGGAGCCGGCUCGCGCGGACAUCGACCGCGGUCGGAGGUGCUGUGCAUGAUUUUGGUUUUCGACGAGGAUUCCUAGUGGGCGCUGUUAAAUUUAUAAUUUUUUGAUAGAAUGUUAAUUUGUACGGCGGUCGCGCUCGACCGCGGCGGCCGCUUCCAGCAUUCAGGCGCUCGCCGCUCUCUUGUCGGGAGUCGGUCGUAUGCUAUUUUAGAUGAUAGUACUUUUCGUGUUGGCCAUCGGAAAAAUUAUGCAUAAUAGAUGUUUUCAGCGAGUCCUCUGGUGAUACUGUAGUGUAAUCGUCGAUAAAGCUUGAGCUGUUGUAGUCGGUGAGAAGGGUAACUCCGAUACAUUCUGAGCCGUCGCAAUGUGAUUGAUUUGUACUUUUGUAAGCUCAAACCCUUCCUCGUGUACAUACCUUACUGCUGUGUUAUAACUCGCGGUGAACGACGGAUCGGUAUAUGAGAGAUCGUUUCGUCGCAACCCUUUGUAAAUCUUAUACUUUGUUUUUUACCUUGUAUAUCCCGAUGUAUUUCUUAAACGAUGUAUAAUCCGCGGGAGUACCGCCGCGUGCUCGCCGCUAGCCCGUACGAUGUCCUCGCUUGGCCAUGUAAUCAGUAGCAGUUCAGUAGCGCAUAGAAUACUUGCUGAGGGAAGUUUCCGACUUGCGACGCCGUCGCAUCAACGACGAACGCAGAUGGAGCAUUUUGUUGCAUAAAUAAUGAGCAUACUUGUAAAUUUUUAUAACUAGCGUAAACUGAUCUCUCAAGAUAAUUUUAAUAUUUAAUGAUAUUUCAGAUUAUUAUGUAUUUGUAUAAACAAUUCAAAAGAUAUAAAUUUUAGAUUUACUACAUUAUAAAUAUUUGUUUAUUCAGGCAACUUUACAUUAGUAUUUUUUUAACGCAGUGUACCUCUUUUCCAGCUCUGGCUAAAUGUAAUGUAUUUUAUAUAUAUUAAUUAAUAGCACUGUCUGUGUCCUAUUAUAACGUCAUAGUUUUUCGAUAAUAUUGUAUUCUACAUAUAUUCUAUGAAUGAUAUUUCUGCUAUGUAAAAAUUGUCAUUGAGAACACAUUGAUAGUAGUCAUUUAUGAAAACUAUAAUAUUAAAGUAAUAAUUAAAUUCAUUGUCAUAGUUUUAAGUACUUGAGCAAUUUAAUUUUGCACUCAGAGUUGCAGUACAGUUAUUAGGAGAAGGUUUUGGAGUCUCUAGUAUAGAGUAACAACAUGGUUUUUAGAUAGAGCCUUAAUGCGUAAUAUUCGAUAUAAAAACGUUUGCAUGAUAUCUUUCAAGAGAGCACCUUUUGCACAGAUUAGGGCGCUGGAAACUUACGAGACACCAUGGACACAACUCAUCCACUGCACUACACCAUUAGCCAUGGAGUGAAAUGUUGUCACAUCUCGAUAUAUCACAUUAGCGUGCCAAGCUAAUACAAAUUAGCUCAUCUGAUAACUGUAAUACAAAUCUGUCCCCUUAACGUAUAUAAAAUACGCUCGUAUUAUUACAUAUUUGUAUGUACUAAUUACUUAUAAAUUUUUAGUAUGUUAAGACAUAAUAUAAUGCGCUCGGCGCACGAUUUCAAAUCACACAUAGUGGAGCUUAGUUGUCGUCCCUGCGGCUAUUCCUUUGCUGACACCUUUAUAAUUCGUGUAAAUAUAUUAUAAUAAUAAUUAAUUAUUAUCUUUACGGUAUGACUCUGGAUAACGUUAGCCGGUCGUAGUUUUGCUGGCCGCGGCUCGCUCGCCUCGAGGUCAGUGAGGUAUUACGAUAGUUUAGAUACGCAUAUUUUAUUAAGUCUAUCUAAGAUGAAUUUUGUAACCGAACGUCGCGUUGCUUCUAAAAACCCUCUGUGUAAAAAGUUAAGACAUACUAGUGACCUGAAUGUUUGAAGCGAUGUUACAGAACGUCUUGAUCCCACUGAAUUCUCACAUUCACGAGCACAUAUUUUAACACAAGAGAAUUUACCGCAAACAUUACUUCGAAAUGGGGUUGACUUUAUAUAAAUUAUUUAAAGUAAAAGAGUUUUCUUAUAGUACUGUAAUAAUAUUAAAUUUAAUAGUGAGUGAAAUUUGUAUUUUGUUUUAAUUUGUUUUACUGAAUUUGAAUACAUCGUAACACCCAUAUCGUUGUUAGUUAUGAAUGAAAAUAACAUAAUUAUAAAGUAAAUAUUAAAUGAAUAGUAAGCGUG